AUGUACUCGCAGGGCCCUGCUCAAAAUGGACCUUCUCCAGGCCGGCCAAAGCUGCAUGGCAAUGACACUAAUAACGGUGAUGGUGCCACUGGUCACAAUCACCAGAAUAUACCAUCUGGCAGCGGAAACAGUAGCAAUGGUAGUGAUAAUACUGCUGGCAACAAUAGUGGUGGGGACGGCAGUAGUAGCAGCAAUCCUGAUACGGAGCACACCCAGCCGCGCAUGUCAACACCCCUUGGGGGUGCCGUCAGUUAUGGCAUUUAUACGGGCUACAGCAGCCGCAAGCCGUAUCGCUGUAAUGUGUGCCGGAAAGGCUUCUCGGUGAAGGCGAACCUACACAAGCAUGAGUUGAUGGCGGAUGAAGAGAAACACUUUUAUUGCAACCAAUGCCACAAAGCUUUUAGCCAACGUGAGAAACUGACCAACCAUCUCCGCACGCAUUCGGGGGUCAGACCAUUCACGUGUAAUGUUUGUGGAAAGUCAUUUGGUCAACGUACUCAUCUGACUACUCAUUCGCGCAUCCACACCGGAAUCCGCCCGUACGCUUGCAGUCAGUGCCCCAAACGGUUCAGCCAAAAGGACCACCUGGUCAACCACAGCCGUACCCACAGUGGUGAGAAACCAUUUCUCUGCGUGAUUUGCCAGAAGUCGUUUUCGCAGCGUGCGCACCUGAAGAAGCACAGCCAGGCCCACCUGUCGUCCCCAGGGGGUGGUAUUCCGGCCAUUGGAAACAGUGGUAACACCAGCAUCAACACCACUACUACCAACAACAACAAUGGCAAUGGCAACAGUGGGAACUGCCACCAAGAUUCCUGCAAGUCUGCAACACCUGGCCACCCACACCACCACCACCACCACCACCAUCACAACCACCAUAACCACAACCACAAUCAUGGCCACAAUCAUGGCCACAACCAUCACAAUCACCACCAUCACCACCACCAUGACCAACAACCCCAUCACCAUCACCAGCACCAGCAUCACCACCACCAGCCACAGUGUCACAACCAAAACACACCAUCUAACUGUGGUCAUGGGAAUGCCCACCACAAGCCUACAUGUAAGGGUGGUGGUGGAACCUCAUCGCAUCACCAUCAUCAGCACCACCAACACCAUCAUCAGCACCACCAACACCAUAACAGUGGCAACCAUCACCACCAUCAUCAGCAUGAACAUCAUCGACCACACGAGCAUCACCAGCAUGAACACCACCGUCAGCAUGACCAUCAUCACCAACAUGAUCAUCACCAUCAGCACCAGCCACCGCCCCAGCCUCAACCACAACCCCAGUCGCAACCACCACCACCGCCACCCCCACCACCACCACCACCACCACAGCAGCAGCAACAACCACAACAGCAACCACAGCAGCAGCCACAACAACAACAACAGCAGCAGCAACAACCCCAGCAACACCAACAUCAUACUUCGACUACAACAGCACCACCACCUCCACCUCCACAACAGCCAUCUCCUGUGCCAGCCAAUCUCCCUACCUGGCGACCGGCGGCGGCGGCCACGAGUUCCAACUACGGCAACUGGACAUCCGGUUCUGCAGCUGCGUCGGCUCUGACGACUCCCUGGACGCCUGGAUGGAAUGAUGUCACCCAGGGCAGACAGAGAGAGUGA